AUGAAACAGCAAGUUCUUACCGGCAGUGACUUGACAGUAAGGCUUCCAUUCGGUCCAGUCGGGUUCGGUCCGACCGCCGACCGACCACCGACCCGACCGACUGCCGACCGACCGAGCCGACCGAGACACUGCGUGAUCACCGGUGCCGCUUCCCAAACGAAAGAAGUGACUUGCAGUGCAUUCACUGCCUUCCAAAAGACUAUUCUGACUAUUCUCGUCCUCUCAAUGGUACUCCUUUCGCUUGGAUUCAUUUGUAUUUGUAGAAGAAAUCGACGACUGGAAUACAAAUAUACGAGACUUAUUGAGUCUCAUACUGGAGAAUUACCAGCUGUGGAGACGUGUGGAUUGGAUGAGGAUGAAGAUGAUGAUGAGGUUGGUUUGAAAAGUGUUGGGGUCGAUAUACUAUAA